AUGCGUUUCUCUAUUACCUCCGCCGUCGCUGUUCUAGCUGGUCUCACUACCAGCGCCUCCGCCUUUGUCAUGACUACCUACAGUGACAUUCAUUGCAAAGAUACUGUCCAGGAUGUCAAUGUUUGGGAUAGCACCUGUGCGACUUGGCCUAAGGGCUUUAAGUCAUUCAAAAUCACGACCUGGGGGGGCACGCAUCAGAGGGCGUACUUCUUCGCGCCUGGUAACUGCGGGAAUCUCUUCACGGCCAUUGGCAAAGGCUAUGUGGAUUCUACCACACAUGACUUUGAGCUUGGAGGAUGCUAUAAUUUCGAUAAUACAGCUAUAAAUGCAGUUGCUUCAUACUCUGCUUGA